CCCCCCAUGGAGCCCGAGGCCCCGGAUUCCCGCAAGCGGCCCCUCGAGACGCCCCCCGAGGUGGUCUGUACCAAGCGCAGCAACACGGGAGAGGAAGGCGAAUACUUCCUGAAGGUGCUCAUCCCCAGCUACGCGGCGGGCUCCAUCAUCGGCAAAGGCGGCCAGACGAUUGUGCAGCUGCAGAAGGAGACGGGAGCCACUAUCAAAUUGUCCAAGUCCAAAGAUUUCUACCCUGGAACCACAGAGCGGGUGUGCCUAGUACAGGGCACAGCAGAGGCCUUGAACGCUGUGCACAGCUUUAUUGCCGAGAAAGUCCGAGAAAUCCCUCAAGCAAUGACCAAGCCUGAGGUGGUCAACAUCCUUCAACCCCAAACCACGAUGAAUCCCGACAGAGCCAAGCAGGCCAAGCUGAUCGUCCCCAACAGCACAGCCGGGCUGAUCAUCGGCAAGGGCGGCGCCACGGUGAAGGCGGUGAUGGAGCAGUCCGGCGCGUGGGUGCAGCUGUCGCAGAAGCCGGAGGGCAUCAACCUGCAGGAGCGCGUGGUGACGGUCAGCGGCGAGCCCGAGCAGGUGCACAAGGCCGUGAGCGCCAUCGUGCAGAAGGUACAGGAAGACCCCCAGAGCAGCAGCUGCCUCAACAUCAGCUACGCCAACGUGGCGGGGCCCGUGGCCAACUCCAACCCCACCGGCUCGCCCUACGCCAGCCCCGCCGACGUGCUGCCCGCCGCGGCCGCCGCCGCCGCCUCGGCCGCCGCGGCGUCGGGGCUGCUGGGCCCCGCGGGGCUGGCGGGCGUGGGCGCCUUCCCCGCCGCGCUGCCCGCCUUCUCGGGCACCGACCUGCUGGCCAUCAGCACGGCGCUCAACACGCUGGCCAGCUACGGCUACAACACCAACUCGCUGGGGCUGGGGCUCAACUCGGCCGCCGCGUCGGGCGUGCUGGCCGCCGUGGCCGCGGGCGCCAACCCCGCCGCCGCCGCCGCCGCCAACCUGCUGGCGUCGUACGCGGGCGAGGCCGGGGCGGGGCCGGCCGCGGGCGCCGCCCCGCCGCCGCCGCCGCCGCCGCCGCCGCCGCCCGGCGCGCUCGGCUCCUUCGCGCUGGCCGCCGCCGCCAACGGCUACCUGGGCGGCGCGGGGCCCGGGGCCGCGGCGGGCGCGGGGGGCGGCCCGCUGGUGGCCGCGGCCGCCGCCGCCGCCGCCGCCGCCGGGGCGGCCGCCGGGGGCUUCCUGACGGCGGAGAAGCUGGCGGCCGAGAGCGCCAAGGAGCUGGUGGAGAUCGCCGUCCCCGAGAACCUAGUGGGCGCCAUCCUGGGCAAGGGGGGCAAGACGCUGGUGGAGUACCAGGAGCUGACGGGCGCCCGCAUCCAGAUCUCCAAGAAGGGCGAGUUCCUCCCCGGCACGCGGAACCGGAGGGUCACCAUCACGGGCAGCCCCGCGGCCACACAAGCCGCUCAAUACCUCAUCAGCCAGCGGGUCACCUACGAGCAGGGGGUGCGCGCCUCCAACCCCCAGAAAGUGGGAUGAGGCCUGGGGCGGAGGGGGCGCGCGCGCCUCCGCCCCAUCCUCCCCCCUGCGCCUCCUCCUCCUGGACCUCCUCCCUCCUUCUCCUCCUCCUCCUCUCGCUCUUCCUCCUCCUCCUCCUCUUCCUCCUCCGCUCCUUCAGCUUGGGGUGCUCCUGCUCGCUCUCCGGGGUGGGGGCUGGGGGAGGUCUGACUGCACCCCUCCCCCCUCCGGUAGUCAUAGGCAGGCUUGAGUUGGUGUUGGGGGAAGGGGCUCAGAAGCCCCCUCCCCAGCUCUGAAUUGGCCCCCUCCCUCCCUCCCUCCUUCCCUCCCUCCCUGUGCUUUGGCUGGGCCUUACCCUCCUACCCAGGGCCCAGGUCUGUGUGAUAUCUGUAUAUAUGGCAUUUUGCUCAUUUUAAUAGAAAAC